UUUCGUUCUGCUCCGGAAUCAAUCUCAACCAUCUGCCCAUCACUAGCUCCGCCCACCGCUAGGUUUGUUUACAUCGUCCGGUGGCGGUGCGUUGUGCCGCUUUGCUGCAAAUUGUGCGUGAAAAUUGAUGAAUUCUGUAUGAAAUAGUAUGUGAAAGUUGUGAAACAGCCUCAGAAUGUCUGCUGAUUUAAGGAUUGUUAAACUGUUCGAGGAAGUCGUGGAGGAUAAAAACAUUGUCCCCAACUUCGAUGAGGAGGAGCAGCGCAAAAAGACCGAGGAGGGGUACAAGAAGAUCGGCACGCUGUUCGGUGCGAUGGCGCCCGAGUCGAAGGAGGCAGCGAUCCGGAACUAUCUGGGGUACGUGGCGAGCGUCAACCACCAGAACCGGGUGCACAACUAUCUGCAGGUGAUGAACCGGAUGGUGGCGCUGAACAUCAUACCGGCCAAGCUGCUGUGCGAUCAGCUGAUGUGCUCGGAAAAGCUGGUGUACAAGAAUCCGUGCUUCUGGAUCGAGGCGUUCCGCCUCAUCAGGAAGGUGAUUGGUGGCGUGGACUACAAGGGCGUGCGGGAAAUCAUGAAGUGCUGCAAGGAGAAGGCGCUAUCGUUCCCGGCGAGCGUGAGCGUUAACAUACUGCCCCAGCUGCUCGAGCUGGUCGAGCUGAUCGAGCACAUCUUCAACCGGAACGCGUGCCUGCUGCCGGCGUACUUCAUCAUCAACGAGAUCAAGAAGACGGACUACCAAAACAUGCACUGGCGCGUCUCGAACCUGACCGCGAACUUUAUCGAGGAGUUUGUGUCGGUCGCGCAGAUGCUGUCGAUCAUCGGCCACUCGGCGAUGCUGCCGAUCGUGGAGCAUUCGUCGUACGCGGACAAUCUCAUCAUCCCGUGGAAGCUCGAUCCGGACACGCUGAAGCUGUCGCUGCGCGGGAACCUGCCGUACGACGAGGAGCUGUUGCAGCCGCAGGCCCGCCUGCUGCGGUUCGUGCUGCAGCAGCCGUACUCGCGCGACAUGGUCUGCUCGAUGCUGAACUUCCAGAAGCAGCAGAAGCAAAAGUGUGCCGCCCUGGAGGAGCAGCUCGUGUGGCUGGUGCUGAACGCGAUGGAGUGCUCGGAGAAGGAGGCAGCGCAGGGCGGUCAGGGUGCGGCCGGCGGAACGGGGAUGAAUGAGCACGAGGGUGACCAGAGCCACACGCAGUGGAUUUGGCUGCACCUCAGCUCGCAGCUGAUUUACUUCGUGCUGUUUCAGUUUGCAACGUUUCAGAACAUUGUGAACACGCUGCACGAGAAGCUGGCGGUGCGGAAUCUGCGCCGUGGGCGGGACCACUUGAUGUGGGUGUUUCUGCAGUACAUCUCGGGCAGUAUACAGAAGCACUCGAUACUGAACUUUCUACCGAUACUGAAGCUGUACGAUAUACUGUACCCGGAGAAGGAACCGCUGCCAGUGCCGGACAAUAACAAUCCCAACUGUACCCACCAGAUGGCACCGACCUGCAUCUGGAUUCAUUUGAUGAAGCGUGCCCAAACGGAAAACUACAACAUCAAUCGACCCGUGCCGAUUGCGCUGCGCCUACACUUUGAGUACCUGCAGCAUCUGGCCAUGCCGAGCAACAAUCCGACCCUGUUUAUGGGGUCCGAGUAUCGGUUCGCGCUGCUGUGCAAUGCGUACUCCACGCAGACGGACUACUUUUCCCGCCCCAUGCAGGCGCUGAUCGAUACGAUACUGGGGAAUAGCAAAAACCCGCAGGCGAACAUGGUAGGCGGUGGUCAGCCGCUGCCGACGGCACCGCUGUCGAUGCGCGUCCUGGACAGCCUGACGAUCCACAGCAAGAUGUCGCUCAUACACAGCAUCGUGAUGCACAUGAUCAAGCAGGCGCAGAACAAAAGCUCCAUCCCGAACGGGAACAACAUGGCGCCGGCACUGGUGGAAACGUACUCGCGCCUGCUCGUGUACACCGAGAUCGAGUCGCUGGGGAUAAAGGGUUUUCUGGGGCAGCUGCUGCCGCAGGUAUUUAAAUCGCAAGCGUGGGGCAUACUGUACACGCUGCUGGAGAUGUUCUCCUACCGGAUGCACCACAUCCAUUCGCACUAUCGCGUGCAGCUGCUGACCCACCUUCACUCGCUCGCCUCCGUGCCGCACACGAAUCAGAUGCAGCUACACUCAUGCGUUGAAUCCACCGCGCUCCGCCUGAUCAUCGGGCUCGGUUCGGUGGAGGUACAGGCGCAGCUUUCCCGCUACGUCAGCGAACCGAAACCACCGGGCAACAUUGUGUCGGGCGAAAGUGAAGAGCUGAACCGUGCGCUCAUCCUCACGCUUGCCCGCUCGAUGCACAUUACCGGCACCGGGAACGAUCCCCAGUCCAGCGCCUGGUGUAAGGAUCUGCUGCAAAACAUUAUGGUCAAUACGCCGCACGCCUGGCCCCAGCACACGCUGUACUGCUUCCCGCCCGUGCUGAACGAGUUCUUCAUGCAGCACAACAUACCGAAGGAAAGCAAGCAGCUGCUGAAGAAAACGGUCGACGAAGAGUACCGCAACUGGGCGUCGAUGACGAACGAAAAUGACAUCAUUGCGCACUUCGGCAUGACGGUCAAUCCGCCGCUGUUCCUGUGCCUCGUAUUCAAGAUGAUCAUCGAAACGGAUGGCAUCAGUCCGGUGGCGUACAAAAUUCUCGAACGCAUCGGAGCGCGUGCGCUUUCGACGCAUUUGCGCAAGAUGUGCGACUAUCUGCUGUUUGAGGUGGCCAACUCGGGUGGUGGUGCGCACGUGAACAAGUGCGUCGACACGAUCAACGACAUGAUCUGGAAGUACAACAUCAUUACGAUCGAUCGGUUGGUGCUGUGCCUGAUACUGCGCACGCUAGAUGGCAACGAGGCGCAGGUAAGCUUCUACAUCAUACAGCUGCUGCUGCUGAAAACGACCGAGUUCCGGAAUCGGGUGCAGGAGUUCAUUACGAUCAACUCGCCGGAACACUGGAAGCAGAACAACUGGCACGAGCGGCAUCUGGCGUUUCACCAGAAGUUCCCGGAAAAGUUUGCCCCGGACGAGUCCGUCUCGCAUCCGUCGCUGCCGGUGUACUUUGGCAAUGUGUGUUUGCGGUUCCUACCGGUGCUGGAUAUUAUCGUGCACCGGUACCUGGAGGUGCCGACGCAGCUGAGCAAAACGCUCGACGUUAUACUGGACCAUUUGGGGUCGCUGUACAAGUUUCACGACCGUCCCAUUACCUACCUGUACAACACGCUGCACUAUUACGAGCGUAAGCUGCGUGAUCGGCCACAGUUGAAGAAGCGUUUGGUUGGCACAGUUGUUGGAUCGCUGAAAGACGUACGACCGGAGAAUUGGGCCCUUACCGAAGCCUACCAGGCGUACAUGAUGACGAAAGAGUCGGACAACGUGAACUGGGUGCCGGAGUUGAGCUAUUACAUCAAUCUUGUCCGUCGCAUGCAAGACACUAUGGAUGGGAAGAAUAUAUUUGCAGGCACCGACUGGCGGUUCAACGAGUUCCCGAACCCGCCGGCCCACGCGCUGUACGUGACGUGCGUCGAGCUGCUCGGGCUGCCGGUUGGGCCGAGCGUGGUCGCCAACAGCAUCAUCGACGUGCUGGUCAAGGGCUACCCGGUCGUGCCGAACGGUGUGAUACACAACUGGGCCAACACGAUCGGGCUGAUAAUGGCCGCCCUGCCCGAGGCGUACUGGAGCGUGAUCUACGAGCGGAUGCAGGAAGCGCUCAGCUCGAAGGCGAUGAAGGAAUGGACCUACCGGCAGAGCCCGUUCGAUAUGUUUAACUUCAAGAUCGUGAAGGAGGCAAUGCUCGACCGGAGCUACGUGACGGUGCUGGCGAUCGUGCACAGCAUAUUCCACCACUUUGGAAUAGGGCAGCUGGCAACGAUUACCGACUCAAUCAAGGAAAAGCUGAAGCCACUGGUACACACCGAGUAUCAGCUGAUCUACCUUUGCCACGUGGUCGGGCCGUUCCUUCACCGGCUAAGCAUCGAGCGGGCCCGCGCAGUGGCGGAUAUCACGCUCAUGCUGUACGAGCUGCUGGAACAGGUGGACAAGGCGCAGCCGGCACAGCCGCUGCGCUACAUGGAUCCGAUUUGCGAUUUGCUGUACCACAUCAAGUACAUGUUCGUGGGCGAUACGAUGAAAACGGAGCUGGAAGCGAUCAUUCGCCGGCUGCGACCGGCGCUACAGAUGCGGCUGCGGUUUAUAACGCGCCUGAAUGUGGAGGAGAUUGGCGUCGAUCAGAAUGCUGCUGCUGCUGCUGCUGCUGGAGGUGCUGGCGGUGCUGCAACGGCCACCGGGCAGGGAGUGGCAGGAGCUGGACCUGGGGUUGGUCCUCCCCCGGGCGGUGUAGCUGCUGGUGCACCCGGCGCAACGCAGGGAGUCGUUGCAUCGGGACAGGCAGCAACAGGUACGGCGGCGGGACCACAACAGCCCCAGCAGGUUGUAGGCGUUGUGGGUAAUCAAAACGUUGCGUUACAGCAACAACUGCAGCAGCAACAGAUGGGUCAGGGCAUUCAAUCGCAUCAUUAAACUGCAACCAUAACUUGACUGGAGGAUUUGGGAGAAGACAUAACGACAUGAUUUGUCCUUGCAGACUACUUCUUCUUUAUUUGAUAAGUGUGUAGAAGAUCUAAUGCUAUACAAAUAGGAAUAUAAUUACGCUACAUCGAA